AUGGCGUUAAAGAACACCAUCACGCUUACAACAGAUGUGACUGGUAUAUUGCCUCUUGCGAACGUUGACGCCCAAGUAAGCACGAAAGCCUACGUCGAUGCUCAGACAUCAACAGUUGGCGCAGGAUUGUCAAAGUCAGGCACGGCCAUUUCAGUCAACACGGACCAGUCGGCUGUUAUCACCAAAGUUGGAACUCUGCAAGGGUUGAGUGUUACAGGCGACGUGACCAUAUCAGGGAACGCCAUCAUCUCGACAGCCCCAACAGCAGAUACACAUCUUACAAAUAAGACUUAUGUUGAUACGCUUCUAAGUGCAGGAACCGGUUUAACACGUACAGGAAACAAUUUCUCUGUCAAUGUGGCUCAACCUCAGAUAACAUCGGUUGGAACUUUAUCAUCAUUGAACGUUAAUGGAAAUGCGAACUUUGCUGGAGAUGUCACGGUGUCAGGAAAUGUAGUUGUAUCAACUGUCCCGACAUUGGGGACACAUCUCACAAAUAAGACUUAUGUUGAUACGCUUCUUAGUGCUGGAACAGGAUUGACACGUAGUGGAAACGCCUUUAGCGUAAAUCCUGCUCAGCCUCAAAUUACAAGCGUUGGAACUCUAUCAUCUUUGAAUGUGCGCUCCAAGUUGUUGGAGGAGUUGGUGUGGGGAAAAGUGUGGUGGUUGGCGGCACCGUAUUCCUAG